AUGGACAAUAGAGCAGGGCUGGCAGCCUGUGUAAGGCUCUCUUUCUGCCCUUGGUGACAAGAGGAGAGUGACACCCACUGCUUCCGAGUCACUCAGUCAAUCAGUCCAUCAGGGAUGUCAAAGUCACCAGUUAUCCCUUAAGGGACUGCUAUAUCUACCUUACUAUAUCUCUAUCUCGCUUGCUCUCUCGCUUAUUUCUUUCACUCUCUCUCUUUUGUAUUUCUCUCUCCCACUCUUUGUCUCCCUCGCUCCCUCCACAUGAAAAAAAUACUGCACUUUACUAUAGAAUACUACAGUACUUACUAUAUCAUUCUGUAGUAAACUGUAGUAUACUGUAGAAUACUAUACUACACACUGUAGUAUCCCUCGAUCAUGUGUAGUACUUACUAUAGAAUGUUGUAGUAUACUAUAGUAAAUACUACAGUAUUAUCAACUUUUUCUUUUCUUAAAUACUACAUUAAUGGCCAAAACAGUCCCCAAAAACACGUCUUAAAAAAAUAAUAAAAAAUACUACAGUAUCUUGCUACCUAUCUCUGUUGUGAAUCCUGGAUAGAAACCUCUCCUCACCUCUGUGUACCAAUGAGCUCUAAACACUGAAAUCUCGCUCUCUCCUCCACUCCUCCUCUCCUCCAGUCAUCCACUCCACUCCUCCACCUCUACCGCUUAGCUCAGCCUCAGCUCGACAGGUCUCCCAUUCCACUGAAUAGAGAUUCUCGGGAGCAGAGAUGCAUUCAUGUCAUCCAAAAUUGUCACUCAACAAACAGCAAGGCUUAGGCUUGUCACCGAGAGCAACUGUUAUGGGAGUUAAUUACUUGUCAGUGUCAGUAAUGAUAAAUGUGAAUCACCACCUCUUCCUCGGCUUCAACCCAGCCAUCUAAACCCUAUUGUCAAAGGCAACAAGCAAAGAGUGCUCCGCCAUUCAUCUUCCCUUGCAUACAUGCUCUAUGCAAAUUAUCUGGCUUUUUUUAGGACUUUUAGAAUAUUUUUCCCUUUCUCUUCCUCAGUCAAUGUAUUCAAAUUCUGGAUAUCUGAUUGUAUUUAUUUUUCCAUUAUCACAUGCUUCCUUCCCUUCUUUUCCCUUCACCUCCACCAUUAUAUUAUCCUUCAGUCCUCUGUUUAUUUUUUAUAUAAGCAUUCCACGGGUUACCAGGUCUCCUUGGGUUGCCAGGUCCAUUGAGGCCCCACUGUACAUUAUGCCAGUAUCCCCCCUGGUUUUCCAAUACAAAGCAUAUGAAUAAAAGCAAGGAGGCACUUGAGACCUGCCAUGACGUAUAAUUAAAAACAGCAGAGUCGGGGCCUUGCGUGGGGGACAAAGGUGAUUGACUCAUUUUCAUAGAAACACCUAAUAGAGGAAACAGCAGCUGCUAGGCAGCAGGAUUCUGUAUGUAUUCUGAUUAAAUUGUCAUGACCCCGUGUCAGUCUCUAUUCACCUUCGGAAAUAUAUAAAUAAGAAUAAGAGUCUCCCGACGGGCCCCAGUACCCCCUCUAAAACCCUCCCGUGUCGCAGCGGUUCACAGUUUGAAAGGGCUGAAUGUAUUUCCAUAAAAAGAGAGUGAGAGAAAGCGAGAGAGCAGAGCAGAGCGGUUAUUUAGAUGUGCUUGACAUUUCAGCGAGGAGGGAAGGUGAGGGAUGAGGCAGUCGGCAUAUUAAUAUCAGUGGCUAACAAACCAGGUCUCCUCCUCCCUCUCUGCUAAGUGUCUAGACAUACUAACCUCACCCCCCAGAAAUGUCAUUAUUAUAUCAAAGAGAGGUUGGGCUCAAAUUAGACCGAAUUUCCACCUACCUUCUUGAUCUAAAUAUCACGAUUACACUCACAAUACUGUAUGAAUCAGCUGUGGAUAAAUGUUAUGAGAUUUGUUUUGGUACUACCACUGUAAAAAUACUACAUUGUUAUCUGCAUAUAUCAUGAAUACAAUGACUGUAUCUCUUUAAUUCAGUAUAAGAACUUCCUGUUUCUCACAGAGGACGCUAAGGUCCCCAGCUGUCUGAUAUUAAGUAUGUCUGUAAACAGAGAGACAGAGAGGUAUAAUGUCUAAUGGCCCUGACUGAAGAAGAGAGAGAAGGGUAAAUGAAAUGGAGAGAGGGAAAGUGAAAGAAACAAAUGGCCUGUGUCUCAUCCUCCCGUCGCUUUAUCAGAUUACUGUAAGAACCUGGCAAACCCCCACCUCCUCUCCUCUUCCCAUCCCCCCAUCCAGAUUGAUUGAGUAUGAGUAAUCGAUUAUGGCCACUUCAGUGUUGCUUGGCUGUCCUCUGUCUGAUGCUGCAGAGAGAGAGAGAGAGAGAGAGAGAGGAGAGAGAGAGAGAGAGAGAGAGAGAGAGAGAGAGAGAGAGAGAGAGAGAGAGAUUUCCAACACUAAAACAGAGACCAUUACUCUCCUUCUCAGGUAAUUGGAUUAAAAAGAAGGGAGGAAAGAAGAGAUGAGACGCAGAGACCCAGACAGUAGGACAGCUUAGGUCACCACCAGAGCUGUAUAGUCUUUGAUGUUCCCUGUGUCACCUUGUUCUCUGUCUGUCUGUCUCUCUCUCUCUGUCUGUCUGUCUGUCUGUCUGUCCUCUCUCUCUCUCUCUCUCUCUCUCUCUCUCUUUGUGUCUGUCAAGGAGGAGGCGGAGGAAGAGGAGAGAGUGAAGGAGGAAGAGAGGAAUGGGAGGAUAGAGCCGGUGGGGAGAGCAGACUCCUGUGUGGAACACUUCCCAAAGUUAUCUCUGGAGUAAGUGCACUAGACACCCCCAUCCUCCUGGUAGGAAUGGACUCACCCAACUGUCUCUCUUCCUGUAAUAUAACCACUUCUUAUGACAGGCAUACCAUAUAGAUUCACUCAUCUCAGUACUCAAUAACAUGGUGGUGUCCAUGAAUCAGAUGUUCUAUACUCAAUAUAUACACCAUUAUAACAUAGUUACAGUACACUACAGACUCAUUUUCAAAGACCACCUUACACUCAGUGCAUGUAUCCAUCAUCAUAAUCAUCAUCAUCAUCAUCAUCAUCAACAUCAUCAUCAACAUGUGAUUUUCCAUGUAUUAUUUAACUAUUGUUAAUGUGACUCCCUCGUAUGCACUCGCAGCUUUAUUUGCAGGGCUGAAGCAUCCCUCCACAUUUCCAAUUCUAGUUUUACUGCAGAACCCACAAAGACCUGAUCUUAAUCACUUAAUUGGGGUCUCCAUUUGGGUCUUUAAUCGACCUCUGGUUCCUCAGCCUGACUGUAUAAUGGAUGGCUUUAUGAGAGAAGAGGCCUAGCUGAGCCAAAGCCAGUCUCUACAGGGACUGUAUCCGAAAUGGCACCCUAUUUCCUAUAUUGUCCACUAUGGGCCUUGGUCAAAAGUAGUGCACUACAAAGGGAAUAUGGUGUCAUUUGGGACUGGGACAGUGAGUGACUGCAGUAACAUGUCCCUAGCUGCUAGAUAGAGGCUCCAUUCGCAGACCUGUCAUGUUAUCCUGUUGUUUUGUGUUAUUCUCAAUUUUUUCUGGUUCUGUUUAUAUUUCACGCAUGCGUUGCUCCCUCCGUCCCUCUCACCCCCUGCCUCAUCCAUCAUUGUCCCACAGUGACAUGCUAAAGCUGGUAGAGGUGUCCAAUGUCGGCGGGCCUCUGGGGAUCCACGUUGUGCCUUUCAGUGCCACGGACAGAAGGUAAAACUGAGUGCUGAUCUAGGAUCAGGUCCCACCUGUCCAUAUAACUGUAUUCAUUAUGAUCUAAAAGGCAAAACUGAUCCUAGAUCAGUAUUCCUACUCUGAGAAGCUUAAUGAUCCCAGUACUUCUAUUAGCCACUGCUAGACUUAUUAGCGCCCAGCUUCCCUGUCCCAGUAUGAAAAGACUACAGUACUGCUACUAGGCUAGCCCCCUGUCCCGAUCUGUCCGCUGCAUCCUUUUGUUCAGUUUGAUGCUCUCACUCGCUCUGUAUCUCUCUCUGUCCAUUCUUUCACCCGAUCUCUCUCUCUCUCUCCAUCUCUGUCGCUCACGGCUGUCAUUGUGAGUGACUGUGAUGUUUCUUGGCCUCUUUUUUAAUCUUUCUUCUUCCUUUUGUGUUUUCCAUUUCUGGAACUCUUGUCCCUUACCAAUGUGAGUGCUAUUUUACAGCUCCAAGGAGACAAGGAACAUUAAAAAGGAAAGGAUAAAAGUGGUUUGUUCUUGACUGGAGGCUGUACAGUCUGUUCUCCACAUUUCUUUUAUUGUGAGUUCUAUGUUCCGAGUUAUAUCCACGGGACACGAUGGACUUCAGAUGUCCUCUGGUUUGAAGGUGACUUAUUAGGUGAGAAAUAAAUUGUUCUGGCUACUGUAUCUAUUUAGGCGUUUUACCCUCCUCUGUGAAGAAUAGUGAUGACGAGCAUGAUGCUGAAUAUAUCAGAGUUUAUAGUUAUUCACAAUCAGCAGGAACUGGGCAAUGCAAUCAAACUAAAAGCUCAUUUAUAACAUGGGUCCUACAUGUACGCCAAUGGAUUGGCACAGCGCACACCCCCAAGGUCAGGGUAACAUACGGAUGUGUCCCAAAUGGCCCAUAGGGCUAAAAGUAGUGCACUAUAUAGGGAAUAGGGUGCCAUAUCGGACACAGUCAUACAGUGGAAGGAACACUAAGGAAAGAGGUGAAAACACUGAUGGAAGAAAUUAUAUGGGAUAUCAUGUGGGACUGUACCAUUGAAGGUUGCUGUUGUCAUUUCAUUAAGAUAACUCACUCAGGACUUUGAUUCUAUUGACGUUCCUGAGAAACUGGCAUAAUGUUGUUGAACUAGAAAUAGGCUUGACCUUUGAGAAUUGAGCAUCUGAUUCUUACAGUAUACUGCCUUAGCUUUGGCUCAGAAAAGGAAGAUGAAAUAUUGAUAUUAGAUAUUAGAAAUAAAAUAAACAAUAUGAUUGAAUGACUAUAAACAUCAAUGAUUUUGAUAUUGGAUAAAGCCUCCUGACAAACUGGCUUAAACUGUUUUUUUUUUUUCUGCUUCCUCUAUCAAAGUGGUCCUUUGAUUUUGGCCUUUGGAAAUGGCCACUGUCUGACAAUGUUGCAACAUAUUAUUCCGUAUGGUCCCAUCCAUACUGUUUCCUCAUCAGAUCCUUCAAUUACGUCCCAAACUAGAUAACGUGACAGAGACUGUUUAGUCAGAUGAUGUUAAUGGCCUGCUCAGCUCUUCCUCCAGGACAUCAGGCAUUAGCUGCCGAGGGCUGUCUCAUUACCGUCUAGACGAGCAGGGUCAGACGUCCGGCCCAGACGGAACACUCAAAGUGUCUGCUGUCACGACGAUGCUAGCACAGCAGCCACUGGUUCUUUGCAGCUGCAGGGGAGAGAGGGACGUGGAUAGGGGAGAGACACACUCUCUCUCUCUCGCAGAUGCGACACCGCCACCAUUUCAAUAAUGAGAUCUCCUUCUGUGACCACUGUGAACUGUAAACAAGAGUCAGACAUAAUUGCGCUGCGUAAAUGGAUCCUGAUUGCAUUAUUAUUCAAUUAAAGUCAAUAGAUGGAACAGGUGGUCUCUGUCGCUCAGUCUCCUCAGCUCAACUCCUCAACUAUCUCUCAAUCAACAGGCAAAGCUUCUGCAUAGGAGCUGACGAAGGGAGGGACUCGCCUGUAGAGUUGUAAAAUUCUGACAACUUUUCUAAAAUUCCCAGAUUUUCCAGGAGGGAAUAAGCAGGAAAUCCGGGAAUUACCGAAAGUUAAUAUACUGGUAGAAGGCUCAAUACAUCUUAAAUAAAGUCUUCUAGUUUGAAUGGAGUGAGUGAUAAGCACCUUAGCAAAUGUCCAGUAGCAUAUGAGAGAGACAGAUCUGAAAGUGUGCUAAUGCAUUUUUCAUUAAGAAUGAGGGCACCUUUAUUAAUGGUGAUGAAAUCACUAAGAAGCCCCAUUUUAUGCCCAAUUAUUAGACACUGUACUGAAUACAGAUUGCUAAUCAGUAUCAACUCCAUCUGGGUUCAAUAUAAAGCCCUUGAACACCAGUAAAACACUGAUCUAAGAUCAGUUGCUAUACUAGAUAGGCUGCGUCUCAAACUCUUCCCUAUGGGCCCUGGUCAAAAGUAGUGCACUAUAAAGGUGCCUUUUGGGAUGCAUCCAUUGUCUUGCUUCCACACCACCUAGCUAGUCUAUAUUGACUCUAUGCUCCUCUCCCCACCACUCUAUCAUCCAAUUUAUGAAGCCUCAGCCUGCUUAGUCUGCUCGCCUGCCGUGUGGUGGACAAAGGCCUUUUGUACCACUUAAUUCUAACUUAGUAAUGUGCCAUUUACCCCCAUUGAGGAGGGAGAUGAGUUUGUGGUGGUGAGUGAGCAUGCCCAUGUUAUACAGCCAAUGAAACUAAUGAGCUGAGGCGGCUAGUGGCUGCUGCAGUGUGCCCCUUUCGGCUGAAAUGCUAAACAGCUCCGUGAAUUUAGCCUCGCUCGUCUGGAAGAAAAUGACUUUUUUUCUUCUUUUUCUUUGCGAGAGGAAUGGUUGUUGUUUUUGUUUACGUAUCUAAUAAAAUACAGAGAAAAUUGUCCGUUUUUCACCUCCUAGUGUCCUUGUCUGCUUAUGUAAACCCCCUCUAGCCCUAUCAGAAAUCCCAUCCAAAAUAUCAGUCAGAAAUAAAUCCCACUUAAUAUUAAAUCUCUUUUCUCUCCCUGAAGAAGUUUUUACCUUACUUGAGUCUCAGGAGCCUUAAAGUCUUAAAACUUCCCAUCAGAAGUGGCAACAACAGUGUCUGAGUGCACACAGUAUACCUGCAGCUUCUCCUGGUCCUUUGAAACAGGAGUUAUGGUUUUGCUGUCUGUGCAUCUAUCAGAUCUCUUUACACGUCUGUGGUAGCGCGGUGAUCCGGAGGGCGAGAGAGAGCUAAAACCCCAAGCUGCUUUCUGAUGUAUUUAUUUACUGCAUCAGGGUUUGAAGGUAAAGAUUGUGGAGCUUGGAGGGGAUUGCUGAGAUGGCAGGCUGUGCAUUUGUGUGUGUGUGUGUGUGUGUGUGUGUGUGUGUGUGUGUGUGUGUGUGUGUGUGUGUGUGUGUGUGUGUGUGUGCGCGUGCCUGUGGGUGUGUGUGCACGUGUAUUUAUAACAAUGCUGCCUGCUCACUUUUUAAGCCCAGACAGACAGACAGACAGACAGACAGACAGACAGACAGACAGACAGACAGACAGCGUCACUGAAGCCAUAAAACCAUCACUAGUCUGAAGACCAGGAUUAGCACUUAGAUGUCUUUCACAGGGAGAAGGGACAGCUCAAUAUUACACACCACAGCAUUUAUGGGAAGAGAGAAAAUAGCAUAUGUCAACCUGCCUCAUCAUGGCUAAAGUUUAGGAAGUUAGUUUUGGUGUCAAUAAUCUAUCUGAUUUAUGAUAUUGAUUUGGAGAUACUGAGGUAGGUAUUUGAUGAAGAUCCCUUGACAGAGUUACUAUGCAGUGUUUCUACAGUAAUAGUUACUAUUAAGUGUUUCUACAGUAAUAAUUACUAUUCAGUGUUUCUACAGUAAUAGUUACUAUUCAGUGCUUCUACAGUAAUAGUUACUAUUCAGGGUUUAUACGGUAAUAGAUACUAUUCAGUGUUUCUACAGUAAUAGUUACUAUUCAGGGUUUCUACGGUAAUAGUUAAUAUUCAGUGUUUCUACAGUAAUAGUUACUAUUCAGGGUUUCUACAGUAAUAGUUACUAUUCAGUGUUUCUACAGUAAUAGUUACUAUUCAGGGUUUCUACAGUAAUAGUUACUAUUCAGUGUUUCUACAGUAAUAGUUACUAUUCAGUGUUUCUACAGUAAUAGUUACUAUUCAGUGUUUCUACAGUAAUAGUUACUAUUCAGGGUUUCUACGGUAAUAGUUAAUAUUCAGUGUUUCUACAGUAAUAGUUACUAUUCAGGGUUUCUACAGUAAUAGUUACUAUUCAGGGUUUCUACAGUAAUAGUUACUAUUCAGUGUUUCUACAGUAAUUAUGUGUUCUGUGCAUAUCUUCACAACCCUUCCUUCGACUUUCCAUUACUUAUCUUCCUGUCUCUUUUGACUUUUCUUUACAUGACAAUCUUUCUAAUGAAUUCCCUAUUCUCAAUUAAAGGGAUGCAGAGGACAAUUACUAGUUGUUUGCGUUAAACGGAUAAGAAUUGUUCUGUGAAAAGUCUUAGACCUGGUGUGUGUAUACUUUAUCGUGUGGUUUACCUGGUGUAUAAAGUGUCUGUAAUGUGUGUAGAGCGUGUUACAUGUGUGUGUGGAGUAAGUGUAACGUCUGUAAGGUGUGUGCAACAUGAGUGUGUGUAAUGUCUGUGACGCGUGUGUAGAGUGUGUUUUACCUGUGUGUGUGGAGGGUGUGUAACGUGUGUACCGUUGUUCCAGGACCCUGGGGUUGUUAGUGAAGCGUCUGGAGCACGGGGGCAAGGCGGAGCAGGAAGGUCUGUUCCAGGAGAACGACUGUGUCGUCAAGAUUAAUAAUGGGGAUCUGAGGAGCAUCCGAUUUGAACAGUAAGCCCCCCCGACCUCACCUCUGUCUUGACAGAGAUGGGACAUAUUCAACAUUUACCUGACAUUACCUCUUAACUUUCUUAAACAUAUAUUUUGCGAGCUUUUUUCUCUCUGCCUUUGUCUCUCUUGCUUUCUCUCUCCAAAAUGUACAGUAAUACAUUGUACUUUAAGCAUUAUGAGUCAGAUACAGUUGGAAGACUAUUUGAAAUGUGAUAGUUGUGCCCUCAGUGAUCCUCUAUAAAGACCACAUGAUGACCUAUAGUCCUUGAUAAGCGCCUCUACUCCUCUGAGCUUACCAACCUUAAUAUACCUUUGCGCCCGAGCCUCACCUUCCUCUGUUCUAUUGAUUUAUUGCUACUUUUCAUUUCCUAAAGUGGAAUGAAGAUGCAAGGCCAUUGCUAGGAGGGGAGGCACACACACACACACACACACACACACACACACACUAACACAGCUUUAGAGUCAUAUCGGUGCUGUCUUUUCCAGAGAUGAGAAAUAGAUUGCAUUUUGUCCAGACCCUGACCCAGAGCCAGGAUGUGGAGGAAGGGAGGUUGCCCUGGCUAAAAUCCUCCCCAUUAGGAAGAGCUCCUGCCUGGUUUAGUGCUGACUAGGAUGGAGCUUUCAGGAUUCACAUUUAGCUGUCUUAGGGUGAGGCCUGAUGGGGUAUCUGGGGAUGUGGUAGGGUCUGCCUGGCUUUAGGCUAUACAGAGAGUACAUGUGGAGGGGACACUAUAGGUACAGUGGGGGAAAAAAGUAUUUAGUCAGCCACCAAUUGUGCAAGUUCUCCCACUUAAAAAGAUGAGAGAGGCCUAUAAUUUUCAUCAUAGGUACACGUCAACUAUGACAGACAAAAUGAGAAAAAAUAAUCCAGAAAAUCACAUUGUAGGAUUUUUAAUGAAUUUAUUUGCAAAUUAUGGUGGAAAAUAAGUAUUUGGUCAAUAACAAAAGUUUCUUAAUACUUUGUUAUAUACCCUUUGUUGGCAAUGACACAGGUCAAACAUUUUCUGUAAGUCUUCACAAGGUUUUCACACACUGUUGCUGGUAUUUUGGCCCAUUCCUCCAUAAAGAUCUCCUCUAGAGCAGUGAUGUUUUGGGGCUGUCGCUGGGCAACACGGACUUUCAACUCCCUCCAAAGAUUUUCUAUGGGGUUGAGAUCUGGAGACUGGCUAGGCCACUCCAGGACCUUGAAAUGCUUCUUACGAAGCCACUCCUUCGUUGCCCGGGCGGUGUGUUUGGGAUCAUUGUCAUGCUGAAAGACCCAGCCACGUUUCAUCUUCAAUGCCCUUGCUGAUGGAAGGAGGUUUUCACUCAAAAUCUCACGAUACAAGGCCCCAUUCAUUCUUUCCUUUACACGGAUCAGUCGUCCUGGUCCCUUUGCAGAAAAACAGCCCCAAAUCAUGAUGUUUUCACCCACAUGCUUCACAGUAGGUAUGGUGUUCUUUGGAUGCAACUCAGCAUUCUUUGUCCUCCAAACACGACGAGUUGAGUUUUUACCAAAAAGUUCUAUUUUGGUUUCAUCUGACCAUAUGACAUUCUCCCAAUCCUCUUCUGGAUCAUCCAAAUGCACUCUAGCAAACUUCAGACGGGCCUGGACAUGUACUGGCUUAAGCAGGGGGACACGUCUGGCACUGCAGGAUUUGAGUCCCUGGCGGCGUAGUGUGUUACUGAUGGUAGGCUUUGUUACUUUGGUCCCAGCUCUCUGCAGGUCAUUCACUAGGUCCCCCCGUGUGGUACUGGGAUUUUUGCUCAUUUUUGAUCAUUUUGACCCCACGGGGUGAGAUCUUGCGUGGAGCCCUAGAUCGAGGGAGAUUAUCAGUGGUCUUGUAUGUCUUCCAUUUCCUAAUAAUUGCUCCCACAGUUGAUUUCUUCAAACCAAGCUGCUUAACUAUUGCAGAUUCAGUCUUCCCAGCCUGGUGCAGGUCUACAAUUUUGUUUCUGGUGUCCUUUGACAGCUCUUUGGUCUUGGCCAUAGUGGAGUUUGGAGUGUGACUGUUUGAGGUUGUGGACAGGUGUCUUUUAUACUGAUAACAAGUUCAAACAGGUGCCAUUAAUACAGGUAACGAGUGGAGGACAGAGGAGCCUCUUAAAGAAGAAGUUACAGGUCUGUGAGAGCCAGAAAUCUUGCUUGUUUGUAGGUGACCAAAUACUUAUUUUCCACCAUAAUUUGCAAAUAAAUUCAUUAAAAAAUCCUACAAUGUGAUUUUCUUUUCUCAAUUUGUCUGUCAUAGUUGACGUGUACCUAUGAUGAAAAUUACAGGCCUCUCUCAUCUUUUUAAGUGGGAGAACUUGCACAAUUGGUGGCUGACUAAAUACUUUUUCCCCCCACUGUAUGUUGUAGUAGAGCAUUAAUACACUGGUCAUCAAACAUACAGUACCUUUCCCUUAUGGCCUAGUUCUGUUAGAUGAUAUCUUUAUAAUAAAGCAUAUUCACAUUUUCUAAAUUCACUUUGUGACCAAGUUUGGCAGCAGUUAUAACCUGGCCCAGCCUUCAAAACUCAAAACUAUUGUACCUACUUAGCUAGCUACAUUGUUCAUUCAUUCAUCUAGACUUGGCAAGCCACUGAAGUGUUUGGCAAUAGUAAAUACUGUGCAGGACUUGUCAUUGGUAAACAUCCACAGUACCUCCCAGGCCUCUCUGCUGUGAAAGAGGCUUAUGUGUGUUUUGCAAACCAAAUCCACAAGGGAGCAAUGUUUUCUAUCGCUCCACAUACACACGGCUCACAGCUCUCACCGGCAAUCACCAACGUGAACGCACCGUACCACGAUAUGAUUCUAUAGGAAAUUAGUGGCAAAGUAAAUCACUUUUUACAAUCUCUCUCUCUCUCUACUCUCCUUGAUUGUGCACUGCACCAUACAGAGAUAAUUCAAAGUGAUAUUAUAAUCUUAUUGGAUUGUUUUGCAUGGAUAAAUAUUUAGAAGCGGUUAAUCUAACUAAAUGUAAUGAUGCAUUGAUGGGGUAAUUUAUUAUUCAAUCAGAAAGCUGAGCUGCUCGUCUCCUCAUCGUCUGAUUACUGGAGUGUCACUGUGCCUCUCAUUACCCACCGUAGGCUGCUGCAGUUCACAUGAUUUGAGGGAGAAAUUAACAUAAGAAUGAAGGACCAAAACCGAAAUAAGUGUCUCGGCACACUCCGCUCCGCGCUGAGGUGAAGUGCUGUUUAUAAUGGCGGAAGCGGCUUAGCGAUUGUCAAUAACUCAUUUGGACGGGUUCAAUGCGGUAUCAUGGGCGUGAUAAUGGAGAGGCUGGGAACGCGCGGGGGAUUGUUGUCUAUCACAUCAUCCUCUGCUACGCUACACACACACACACAUGCACACAUGCACGCGUACAAACACACACACCCCCUCUGAAGGCCCUUAUCCUCUUAUGCCGUGGGACCGACAGGGCCACUCCAGGCCAGACUAUCUAUAUGCUAAGUGGCAUCUGAGCUCAGGACAAAACAAUGCAGCAUCAGAAUGAGAAAAAAAGCAGCUUUUCUUAUUUGGUUCCAAACUAAUACAGGAGUUUGUCCAUUCCGUAUAAAAUAAACGUCUUUGUAUGUGUGCCGUCUUUGUUGUGUUUACUGCAUGUCUCCCAUUGUAUUCCUUGUUGUUUUAUCAUUUUACUGUCUAGUGAACAGUGGCCUCACCCAUAACCCCUUUCCAUACACACACACACACACACACACACACACACACACACACACACACACACACACACACACACACACACACAACAUGAUUUGAUAGAUAUUUGAAUGUAUAAUGUUGACUGGCUGAAUCUCAUUGUAGUUCAACGUCUCACCCUACCAAUGCUAAAGCUGAUCACGUCCUCCUCCUGAGACUAUGCUGUCAUUGACACGGCACAAACAGUAUCUAGCUAAUGUAAUCUCUGAGUUAGCCUUUUCUCCAGUGAUUCACUACUAUUAGCCUCUGAUUAUCCACGUUGACCUCCCCUCUUUACUUCUCUGUAGCUUCUCUCUCUGUCUGUAUCAGUAAGCUGCCAUAUCAUACUGUACAUUACCUUGUGUUCUUAUCAAGCUAUAGCUAAUAUAAUGAUUUGUAUGCUGCCUCUUCUCCACUUCUCUUCUUCUAUAUGACCUCUCUCUAUCUGUUUUAGUACACUGAUACAACUGCAUUAGCUCAUUUUCUUAUCAAGCCCUCGCUAAUGUAAUGAUGUGUGUUGCUGACUCCUCUCCUCUCUACUCCAGAGCACAGAACAUGUUCAGGCAGGCCAUGCGUUCUCCUGUCAUUCUGUUCCACGUGGUCCCGGCCUCCAUGAAGAGCCAGUAUGAGCAGCUCUCCCAGGGGGAGCUCAGCCCCCCAUGUCCGAGGGGGGAGAGGGGUAACCGGGAAAGCUUCAGCUCCAGCCAGGCCUCGGACCCCCAGGCCCCGCAGCCCGGGGAAAGGGGUAGUCUGGUGGUCCAGGGGGGGAUGGGGUUGGAACACACCCCACAGAGGAUGUCCUCCCGGUCAAGACCACACCCCAUUCCCAUCCCCAGCCCCAAACACCAGAACCAUUGUCCUCUACCACAGCGUGUACCAGACCACCACUUCUCCACCUCGUUACCUCACAGCGGAAGCAACAACGUGUCCUCGGCCCCCUCUCCAUCCCUGCAAAGGAGAGUCAGUGCCAACCCUACCGCAGGCUACUUCAAGAAGACAGGCCGGAGACUUAAUAUCCAGCUGAAGAAAGGUAAACACAUGCAGGCAUUCAAAAUGCACACACAAACACAAACACAAACGCACACACACACACACACAACAAAACAUUAUUAUUGUGAAACUGUAAAUAUUAUUUUUGGGGGUAUAUUCAUAAAGCUUUCAAAGGUCCUUUAAUUCACUUCAAUAAGAGAUGAUAUCUCUAAAGUGUCCAUUCUUAUCCUAGCUACAGUUGAGAUGAGUGCUGUGUAACUAAUACUGUUAGAGACCUCAAAGAGUUGAUGUUUCAUUGUGAAGGACUGUCUAUCCAGCACUGUUUCACUAACUCACAUGCAGGCCCAAAUCUAAUUUGUUCUGCAUCACAGCAGCAUCUUAGCUGCACACAACACUCUGGGGAGGAGAGCUCUAGGGAUACACACACACACACACACACGCAUGACCCACACACACAAACACACACUCAAAGGAGAACUGUUUUGUCCUCUUUUGAGUGUGACAGACUUCAAAAGGUGGAUGUUAGAAUGAGUUGUGCUGAAUGCUGCUUACAUACAACCUGCAAACGUCACUUCAUAUCUCACACACACACACUCUCUCUCUCUCUCUCUCUCUCUCUCUCUCUCUCUCUCUCUCUCUCUCUCUCUCUCUCUCGUUUUCAUUCUUUGUUUUGGCACGUCGUUCUGUCCUAGUGCCUUUAUCACACUUUUCACAGCAUGUUAAAAGGGUAAAUUAGCCCUCUCAGUCGGUGCUUGCAUUCAAUUCUAUUAGCAUUCACAGUUGGAGACGCAAGCCGUAAAGAUGCAAUUAACUACAACAGGCAGGGCCGCACACAUACACAACUGUGUGAGAUACUCACAGGCCUCUGCAGCAGAAACAGCAGCACUGUUGUCACCUUGUUUCAUUGAAAAGCAAACACACACACAUACACACACACACACACAGAGGCAGAACACACACACUCAGUACAGGCUGUCUGAUGAUACAGAUGUUAAGUGCUGAAAGGUGUCACGGGGGAUAGAGAAAAAUCUUCAGGGAAUGGCGAGGGCAGCAGGAGGCAUAGGCUAAAAGCAGUGUGCUCUCUGGGAGCCACCAUCUCAUAUCGCGAUGCAAUAUGUAUGCAAAACCGUGCUUCUACACCUGCAUUACUAGCUGUUUGGGGUUUUAGGCUGGGUUUCUGUACAGCACUUCGAGAUAUUAGCUGAUGUAAGAAGGGCUAUAUAAAAUAAAAUUGAUUGAUUGAUUGAUAUGUUCACAUAAAUCCCCAUCGUAAACAGCGGAUUUGAAGGGGUUUUGUAUGUGUCAAUGCUACGUAGGUUUAACUUCUUGCUUAUUAUUGUGAGGUUUAGAUGAUGAUUUCGACCUGCUGUCUACACACACAGGGCCUAGUGUGCAUGCACACACACACACACACACACACACACACACACACACACACACACACACACACACACACACACCAAAAUGACAGCCCAGUGCCAGUAGUUUGGUUUAUUUGCACUAGCAGACCGGUUUAAGUUUUAACUCAACAUGAAACCCAUAAUUCUUAAAGUAUGCAGUUAUACAAAUGUCAGAAUGUAUUUCUUAGAUCAUUUAACUGGCUCCAGUGCUGAAUUGAACUUGUCCCACUUCUAAGCUUUCAUGAACUAUUAUGAGACUCAUAUGAUAACAAAUUACACAAGAUUAUGUACAACCCUUACGGAAAAACCACAUGAAUUUCAUGUGAUCACGUGUGAUCUUAUGUGAAGUUAAUGUGAUAACAUGUAACUACACAUUUUAGCACAUGUGAAAACAUGAUCUCGGUAAAUAAAUGUGAUAACAAGGGGAUGCAAAAUGUAGACGUGAUACCAUGAAACUGCACUUGACAACAUUGACAAGUUUUUCACUUGUUAAACUCAAAAUAUUUUUUUUACAUGUGAAUGUUUUUCACAUGUGAAAAUUCAAUUCCACAUCUGAGUUCGAUUUUAACAUGUGAAAGUUUUUCACCCGUGAAAGUGAAAAUUCCACAUGUGAGAGUGAGAUUUGUCACGUGAUAGUGUACAUUCGAUUUUCACAUGAACAUUUUUUCACGUGAGGUGAAAGCAUGUGUUAAAAUGUGAACUUUAAAUGUAAUACAUACGAACAUAUGGUUUCAUAUAUAAACGACUGACCUCACAUGUCUCUUUUGUUUUCACAUGAACAUUUCAGCUCAACAUGUGAAAACAACUAUUUCACAUAUAAUAUAAUGGCGCCGGAGGAGAUGGCUGCCAUUUUACACCCUCCUAACCAAUUUGUGCUAUUAUGUGUGUUUUCUUGCGUUAUUUGUAAGUUAUUUUGUACAUAAUGUUUCUGCCAUCGUCUCUUAUGACCGAAAAGAGCUUCUGGAUAUCAGGACAGUGAUUACUCACCUCGUAUUGGACGAAGAUUUUUUUCUUCAACAAGUCGGACACAAAGGAUUUACUUCAGACACCCGACAAGACCACGUGGCCUGGUUCGACUUAGGAGGCGCGCACACCACCCACCGCUUCCAAGUAUACUACUCGCUAAUGUUCAGUCUCUGGAUAACAAGCUCGACGAACUCUGGGCAAUGAUUUCUUUCCAGAGAGACAUCAAGGUAUGUAACAUACUUUGUUUCAUGGAAACAUGGCUCUCUGGGGAUAUUCUGUCGAAAGCGGUCCAGCCAGAUGGGUUCUCAAUUCAUCGCGCAGACAGGAAUAAAUAUCUCUCCGGGAAGCAGAAGGGUGGAGGUGUGCGAACCACCGCAUUUAACCAUGGCAAGGUGACUGGGAAUAUGGCAGAAUAGAAACAGUGUAGCUACUCACUCCGCAAGGCAAUUAAACUGGCAAAACAUUAGUGUAGAGACAAAGUGGAGUCGCAAUUCAACGGCUCAGACACGAGACGUAUGUGGCAGGGUCUACAGACAAUCAUGGACUACAAAAGGAAAGCCAGCCACGUCGCCGACACCGACGUCUCGCUUCCAGACAAGCUAAACACCUUCUUCGCCCGCUUUGAGGAUAACACAGUGCCACCGACGAGGCCCACUACCAAGGACUGUGGCCUCUCCUUCUCCGUUGCCGACAUGAGUAAGACAUUUAAGCAUGUUAACCCCCGCAAGGCUGCCGGCCCAGACGGCAUCCCGAGCUGCGUCCUCAGAGCAUGUGCAGACCAGCUGGCUGGUGUGUUUACGGACAUAUUCAAUCUCUCCCUUUCCCAGUCUGCUGUUCCCACAUGCUUCAAGAUGGCCCCGUAGCACUCACCUCUGUCAUCAUGAAGUGAUUUGAGAGACUAGUCAAGGAUCAUAUAAUAAUAAUAAUAAUAUAAUAAUAUGCCAUUUAGCAGACGCUUUUAUCCAAAGUGACUUACAGUCAUGUGUGCAUACAUUUUUACGUAUGGCUGGUCCCGGGGAUCGAACCCACUACCCUGGCGUUACAAGUGCCAUGCACUACCAAUUGAGCUACAGUGGACCACAUGUCACAUCUACCUUACCUGUCACCCUAAACCCACUUCAAUUUGCUUACCGCCCCAAUAGAUGCACAGACGAUACAAUCGCCAUCACACUGCAAACUGGAUUACCAGGACGUGAGUGUCUUCACUGACAUUUUCAACCUGUCCCUGACUGAAUCUGUAAUACCAACAUGUUUCAAGCAGACCACCAUAGUCCCUGUGCCCAAGAACACUAAGGUAACCUGCCUAAAUGACUACAGACCCGUAGCACUCACGUCUGUAGCCAUGAAGUGCUUUGAAAGGCUGGUCAUGGCUCACAUCAACGCCAUUAUCCCAGAAACCCUAGACCCACUCCAAUCUGCAUACCGCCCCAACAGAUCCACAGAUGAUGCAAUCUCUGUUGCACUCCACCCUGCCCUUUUCCACCUGAACAAAAGGAACACUUUACGUGACAAUGCUAUUAUUCAUUGACUACAGCUCAGUGUUCAACACCAUAGUGCCCUCAAGGCUCAUCACUAAGCUAUGGACCCUGGGACUAAACAGCUCCCUCUGCAACUGGAUCCUGGACUUCCUGCCGGGCCGCCCCCAGGUGGUAAGGGUAGGCAACAACACAUCUGCCACCCAGAUCCUCAACAUGGGGGCCCCUCAGGGGUACGUGCUCAGUACCCUCCUGUACUCCCUGUUCACCCAUGACUGCAUGGCCAUGCACAACUCCAACACCAUCAUUAAGUUUGCCGACGACACAAAAGUGGUAGUCCUGAUCAUCGACAACGAUGAGACAGCCUAUACGGAGGAGGUCAGAGACCUGGCCGUGUGGUGCCAGGAUAACAACCUGUCCCUCAACGUUAUCACGACAAAUGAGAUGAUUGUGGACUACAGGAAAAUAAGGACCGAGCACUCCCCCAUCCUCAUCGACGGGGCUGUAGUGGAGCAGGUUGAGAGCUGAAAAGAUUUGGCAUGGGUCCUCAGAUCCUCAAAAAGUUCUACAGCUGCACCAUCGAGAGCAUCCUGUAAUGUUGCAUCACUUCCUGGUAUGGCAACUGCAUCACUUCCUGCCAUCUAGGACCUCUAUACCAGGCGGUGUCAGAGGAAGGCCCUAAAAAUUGUCAAAGAUUCCAGCCACCCUAGUCAUAGACUGUUCUCUCUGCUACCGCACGGCAAGUGGUACCGGAGCGCCAAGUCUAGGUCCAAAAGGCUUCUUAACAGCUUCUACCCCCAAGCCAUAAGACUCCUGAACAGCUAAUCAAAUGGCUACCCGGACUAUUUGCAUUGUCCCCCACCCCAUCUUUUACACUGCUGCUACUCUCUGUUUAUUAUAUAAUAAUAAAUAUAAUAUGCCAUUUAGCAGACACUUUUAUCCAAAGCAACUUACUCAGACACGAGUCAUGUGUGCAUAAAUGUUUACGUAUGGGUGGUCCCGGGGAUCGAACCCACUACCCUGGCGUUACAAGCGCCAUGCUCUACCAAUUGAGCUACAUCUAUGCAUAGUCACUUUAACUCUACCUACAUGUACAUAUUACCUCAAUUACCUCGACUAACCGGUGCCCCGCACAUUGACUCUGUACCGGUACCCCCUGUAUGUAGCCUCACUACUGUUAUUUUUACUGCUAUUUUACUGAUUUUAUUUAUCUAUUGUUUACUUAACACUUAUUUUUCUUUAAACUAUAUUGUUGGUUAAGGGCUUGUAAGUAAGCAUUUCACUGUAAGGUCUACACCUGUUGUAUUCUGCGCAUGUGACAAAUACAAUUUAAUUGGAUUUGAUUUUAAAUAUGAAUUCCACAUGUGAAACUGCAUAUUUCACAUGUUUUUCUAAGGGAUGUAAUAAAAAUGGAAGGGGGGGGUUAAGGUAAGGGGUACACUGUUCAGCUAAAAUAGUGUAAACAUAUUUUAUCAAUAUGAUUAGGUUUGACAUUAUCAUUUCGUGCUGACUUCAAAAUUACCCAACCUGGGAUUUGAACUGUUGGGGUACACUGAUCUUUCUGCUGUGCCACCAGGUCUGCAGAAUUUUCAGAAGUCCCCUACAUAUGUAUUACCUAUAAUACAUCUUUGUACUUAGCAAUGGACUGCCGUCUGCACUGCUAUUUUAGUUAUCAGUUAAUAUGACUAUUCUGUCAGCUUUCAUUUAAUUUACUUAUUUCAGCAAUUUGUGGGUUUUCUGUAUAAUUGUCUAAUGUUGGUGGAGCAUAUUAUUCUGUUUUAAUGUUACUCCUGAAUCACUAUGAUAAAUAUAAUAGUUUUUCUUCAACGUAUUUUUAACAAAGCUGAGAUUUACUUUGAAGUCCAAAGUGUAGGAAUCCAAGUGAAAUCAGUUGUUGAUACAGACGUGGUGGCGUAGCAGGAAGAUUGUAAUGCCGUCAACCAAGAGGUUGUGAGUUAAAAUCCCAGUUGAGGACAUGUUGAAUAAUAAUUACUGUAUAAAUAAACAUACACAAUGUAAUCAUGUAUGUCAAAGUGUGUCAAAUAUGUAAAUUGAAAACACACUAGCUCAGCCCCCGGGGACAUAUUAAUGACAUAUUUUUGUUUGCAGGGCAUCACCUGUGAAAUUUCAUGUGUAAUCUCAUAUCCACAUGUCAAACUUCACAUGAAAUAUCUUAACAUGUGAAGUGUUCCAAAACCACAUGGUUUCACAUUUGGAAAAUCACAUUUUUCACAUGUGAAAUGUCCACGUGAAAUUUCACUUUUGAAAUCAUGUGGUCCUCUGUAGCUCAGCUGGUAGAGCACGGCGCUUGUAACGCCAAGGUAGUGGGUUCGAUCCCCGGGACCACCCAUACACAAAAAAAAAAAUGUAUGCACGCAUGACUGUAAGUCGCUUUGGAUAAAAGCGUCUGCUAAAUGGCAUAUUAUUAUUAUUAUUAUGUGAUUUUCCACGUGAAUUCGUGUUUUUUCCGUAAGGGAACCUACCAAAUUCAAUAUUAACUGUCCAUUUGCAGAAUAUUCAGAGACCAUUUCCAAUUUGUCCAUUAUUUAUUGAUUUGUUUAUCUUGAUUCCUCCAUAUAGGGAUGGAGGGAGGGAGAGAGGGGGAGAGAGAGAGAGACCCGGCAAGAGUCCGAGCGUGUUCCUGGCUGGGAAAUUAACAAAAGUGUCUUAAUCAAAUAAUGCAGCCAAAACGACCGACGCAGCCCAUUAAGACUCAUUCUAAUUUGUUGCUGUGCUUCUCUAUGUCUCUUCAUGUUUGCUACAUAAUUGGCUUAUCGGAUCUGGGAUUCAGACUUAACCCAAUGAGUCCCACUGUAUCGCCGGCCCGUUUUGAACUUCUAACCCCUUUUAAACAUUGUGGGUUUGAGCUAAAGACUUCUGGAUUGUACCAUUUGAUUCGUAUAAGCUGCAUCCGUAGAUACCAACCAUUAGUCUAACGGGGACUGAGAUAGUGCGGUGUUUGUGAGACAAGGGCGGAUCCCGAAGGGGCCUGGUCUUUUAUACAAAAAUGUCUGUAGAGUCCGAAUGGUUUGAGCUAAAAACUAUUAAAAGCUAUCUAUGAAAAGCUGAGACUCUCACAUGUAACAUUUGCGCUAUCCCACUCACAAGCUACACAAGAGUCGUUAGAAGGUAAGGGGUUCUUCUACAUAGACGAUCAUUGGAAAUGCCAGGACAUAGUGUCUAUAAUACUGUAAUAAGCUCACAUAGUUGCUGUCACAAACUCCACACAGUUGUCACUGACUAGUUGUAUAUUCGUUUCGCAGUGAGCAAACCAUGUUUGUACUUGCAGCAUUCAUGAAAUAUUUUUUGUUAUCAGGUUUCUGCUUUGUCAAUAAAACUCAUGAAUGCAACUGUUUAUGUCAAAUUGUCCUGAAAAUAAAAUGGUAAACACUUAAUUGUGAGGCUAAAUAUAAGCGCUGGAUAUGCAGAUAAAGUCAGAUAAAUGAAAAGCCAAUUUUUGCUGGGAUCUCGGGACUGAUAGAGUUAAUCCAAAAAGCUUCUAUUACCCCAAAGAAAGACUUUAGUAUGCUAGUUAAUUACAGCCAGUGCUAUUAGAGAGAGAUGCAUUCUGCUAAUUGCCUGAAUGGAAGCCCUUAACGUUGGGAUCUUAGAAUGUAGAGGAGUUUGAUUCGGCUAAGUAGAGUGAUUGGAGAAAUGGAAUGGAAUGGAAUUGCCAGAACAGAAAGGGUAGAGGAUAGAGGUCGUCACAGACCAGCUGAUUCAGACUACACCCUAGGUUCUAUAAAGGCAAUAAAGUGCCGUUUUGGAUGCAACAAAUUCCACUACUGUACGUACACACUGAGGAUCCCAGACAGCAGUAUGGGCAGCUGUCACAUUAGCAGACACCGGCUACUAGUGCAGAAAGGAUCUUAAUUAGUCUAACUGGGAUGUGCCUAUCUAUCCACUGCGUUUUCAGAACUCUAUAAUAAGUCAAAAGCAUAGUCAAUAUAGUUUCAUAAAUCCUUAUUCUGGUGUGUUGGCAGGAAGAAAAUAACCUCAGUAUAUUCAACAACUUUGUUGACACCUCUCUGUCAGCAACAUUCUCUUGUUGUGGUGUGUACCGCUCUUAGUUCCUAGAUCUAUAUCUUCAUUCCUGAAUAUAGAAGUUGCUGUUCACUGUGUUUUCUUGCUGCUUCAUCUUAGUGCUAGUGAAGCAAAAACAACACCCAUAUGCACACACACACACACACACACACACACACACACACACAGUCAGUCAGUCAGUAUCAACCAGCGAGACACUGAAGACAGGAGAAAAUAGGUCAUGAUGCGUGAUCAGACAGUGAAUGACAGGCCAGUAAAAUGAACAAUCUCUUCAACAAGAAUACUAAUCACUCUACUGUCAGGAAGGCUUCAACUAACAACACACCCGCCACCCUGCCGGUUACACAUAUUAAUUAAUAACUUGUUUACCAUGGAGGGACUCAUCUCACUGACUCACUGAGUGGAACCAUUGUUGUUAAUGCUUCCCCAUCUAAAAGUAGAAAUGUCCUUCAUUUCCUUACUGGCAUUUGGCAAUGAUUUUGGUUGCUUCCUAAAUGACACCCUAUUCCCUUUAUAGUGCACUACUUUUGACCAAUCCUUUAUUGGGCAGACAGUGUAGGAUUGGUCGGUCGAUAAGGUCAGUGUUGAUAUUCCUCUUUUGUAAGCUAUUAUUGAAUUUCCCUGCCUUCCCCGUCUGGCAAUUGAUAUGAUGCGUCCCAAAUGGUACCAUAUACCCUACAUAGUGCACAUUUUUUGACCAGGUCCUAUAGGGCUCUGAUCAAAAGUAAUACAUUACAUAGGGAAUAUGGAGCCAUUUAGGACGCAGACAGAGUCAUUUAGAACCCUAUAAAGGUCAUUGUCAGAACUUGGGAGGAAACAUCUUUGCAGAACUAUGAUGCCUGAACCCUUAACAUUGUUUUCUAAGAUUUAGUGAUGUUUUCACUAGCAAACUUUAUUUGAUCUGAUAUGUGGUGUAUCAAAAGCAUCUAACUCUGAGUUAUGGGCGAAGGCAGGGAAAUCCCUUCACCCCAUUGCUGACCAUUAUCUGUUUCUAAUGCCUGUGGACACUCCACAGAGAGGGAGAAUAAAGCCUUUACUCUGCAUGCUGCUAUUCUUGUCUGCAACCAGUUUUACAUUCAAGCAAGUCACAUCUGUGGUUCCGUUGUCCAUACACACACGUAUAAAGUACACAUUUAUCACAAACACCCAAUUUUGGUUAAUAGAUUUGACUUAUAUUUAGACACUUUGGAGAUUUAAUGCUUAUUUUGUAUGUUGAACCACAACCUAAGCUGCCCGCCCAUUCUUUCACCAAUAGAAGACCGUCCAUGCAAACCAAUACGUUUGAGAUUACUUAUUAAGUACUGUAGUUUGAUAGGUUUGACAUGAUGGUCAAAGCCAUAAAUAAAGUUGUCCUUCCACAUUUGGUUCCUGAUGCACAUUUAGAUAAUAAGAGGGAGCAUAAAAACUAUGUCCUACAGUCCUGCAAUCAGUUAAUGUUUGGUGUAUUAUUUUCCUCCUGCAGGUCCUGAGGGUCUUGGAUUCAGUAUCACGUCACGUGACGUCCCCAUAGGAGGCUCUGCCCCCAUCUAUGUCAAGAACAUCCUGGCUCGGGGCGCUGCCAUCCAAGAUGGCCGCCUGAAGGCUGGCGACCGGCUGCAGGAGGUGAGAGGCGGAGUUCAUGAAGUCUCUUCUUUCAGAACUUUGGUGAAACAUCACAGUAUGGUUGAAAAAUAUAUGGCAAAUAGAAAUCCAAUAUGGAUGGUGUUAAGAGAUAGAUGGGGGGUGUUGAAUGGAGCUGAAGGAUGGGACUAAUAACAACUAACAACAACUAAUAACAGCAAGAUAGCUAAUGUAGGGCAUGCUGUGUCCAUAAUAAGUAUAUAGGUUAUAGGUUGAGAGCUUUUGUGAAGGAGCACAGUUGGAGAUAUAUGGUAUAUACAGUGGGGAGAACAAGUAUUUCAUACACUGCCGAUUUUGCAGGUUUUCCUACUUACCAAGCAUGUAGAGGUCUGUAAUUUUUAUCAUAGGUACACUUCAACUGUGAGAGACGGAAUCUAAAACAAAAAUCCGGAAAAUCACAUUGAAUGAUUUUUAAGUAAUGCAUUUGCAUUUUAUUGCAUGACAUAAGUAUUUGAUCACCUACCAACCAGUAAGAAUUCCGGCUCUCACAGACCUGUUAUUUUUUCUUUAAGAAGCCCUCCUGUUCUCCACUCGUUACCUGUAUUAACUGCACCUGUUUGAACUCGUUACCUGUAUAAAAGACACCUGUCCACACACUCAAUCAAACAGACUCCAACCUCUCCACAAUGGCCAAGACCAGAGAGCUGUCAGGGAUAAAAUUGUAGACCUGCACAAGGCUGGGAUGGGCUACAGGACAAUAGGCAGGCAGCUUGGUGAGAAGGCAACAACUGUUGGCACACUUAUUAGAAAAUGGAAGAAGUUCAAGAUGACGGUCAAUCACCCUCGGUCUGGGGCUCCAUGCAAGAUCUCACCUCGUGGGGCAUCAAUGAUCAUGAGGAAGGUGAGGGAUCAGCCCAGAACUACACGGCAGGACCUGGUCAAUGACCUGAAGAGAGCUGGGACCACAGUCUCAAAGAAAACCAUUAGUAACACACUAUGCCGUCAUGGAUUAAAAUCCUGCAGCGCACGCAAGGUCCCCCUGCUCAAGCCAGCGCAUGUCCAGGCCCGUCUGAAGUUUGCCAAUGACCAUCUGGAUGAUCCAGAGGAGGAAUGGGAGAAGGUCAUGUGGUCUGAUGAGACAAAAAUAGAGCUUUUUGGUCUAAACUCCACUCGCCGUGUUUCGAGGAAGAAGAAGGAUGAGUACAACCCCAAGAACACCAUCCCAACCGUGAAGCAUGGAGGUGGAAACAUCAUUCUUUGGGGAUACUUUUCUGCAAAGGGGACAGGACGACUGCACCGUAUUGAGGGGAGGAUGGAUGGGGCCAUGUAUCGCAAGAUCUUGGCCAACAACCUCCUUCCCUCAGUAAGAGCAUUGAAGAUGGGUCGUGGCUGGGUCUUCCAGCAUGACAACAACCCGAAACACACAGCCAGGGCAACUAAGGAGUGGCUCCGUAAGAAGCAUCUCAAAGUCCUGGAGUGGCCUAGCCAGUCUCCAGACCUGAACCCAAUAGAAAAUCUUUGGAGGGAGCUGAACGUCCGUAUUGCCCAGCGACAGCCCCGAAACCUGAAGGAUCUGGAGAAGGUCUGUAUGGAGGAGUGGGCCAAAAUCCCUGCUGCAGUGUUUGCAAACCUGGUCAAGACCUACAGGAAACGUAUGAUCUUUGUAAUUGCAAACAAAGGUUUCUGUACCAAAUAUUAAGUUCUGCUUUUCUGAUGUAUCAAAUACUUAUGUCAUGCAAUAAAAUGGAAAAUUAAUUACUUAAAAAUCAUACAAUGUGAUUUUCUGGAUUUUUGUUUUAGAUUCCGCCUCUCACAGUUGAAGUGUACCUAUGAUAAAAAUUACAGACCUCUACAUGCUUUGUAAGUAGGAAAACCUACAAAAUUGGCAGUGUAUCAAAUACUUGUUCUCCCCACUUUAUAUUAAAAUAGAUUUAAAAAUACAUAUAAAAAAAAACACACAAAAAAGUAUCUUCCUUCUUCCUCCUCUUCCUCCUACUGUAUCCCUUCCUCUUCAUUAGCCUUGUCAUGCUCCAACCCUUUCUUCCUCCUCUUCCUUCCAUGGAUUUAGAAUUUUGUUCUGAGAGACAUCCAAUCAACAUUGUUUUAUGUCAUAUGGAGUAAAACACCUUCAAGCCUUUAUGUCCAAUGUCAUUCAUGAUCGUUGCAUCUACUCCAAUGUCAUUACCCAGUAUGCUUAAGACACAAAGGCUGAUUGAAUGGGCUUUGCCAUUGAAAUGAGUCUUAAAGGGAUACUUCGGGAUUUUGGCAAUGAGGCCCUUUAUCUACUUCCCCAGAGUCAGAUGAACUCGUGGAUAAAAAAGUUGUCUCUUCGUGCAGUUUGAAGGAAGUUGCUAACUAGCACUAGCACAAUUGCGAACUUGCAUUAGUGCAAUGACUGAAAGUCUAUGGAUAUCUGCUAGCAUGCUAGCAGAUAACCAUAGACUUCUAGUCAUUGUGCUAACACUAGUUAGCAUUGGCUCGCAAAACUACCUCUAACUUCCUUCAUACUGGACAGAGAGACAUAAAAAUGGUAUCCACGAGUUCAUCUGACUCUGGGGAAGUAGAUAAAGGGCCUCGUUGCCAAAAUUCUGAAGUAUCCCUUUAAAUCACAGAGUAGAGUACCUGUAGGGCUGUUUACAUUGGGCUCUGAGUGGCUAAACAUAGGGAACUGAACGUAAUAAUCUUGUGUCAACAGUCCAAUCAGAAUGACAUGAAAAUCAUAGACUAUGUAAUUGGAAAAUGUCCGCUCUUAGAAAUACCCCAUAUUUAUUAAUGUCAGGCAGUCACUGUUCCUCUACGCAAACAGAGAAUGAUUAUGUGUAGAAUGGAAUUAGUAAUUGUUUCAAGACAGUACAAGGCAGUAGCACAUGUAACACAAGGCAGUAACUUGUAUUAAUAAAUCCCCUAUCUCUACCUGUUUGUAUGUGUGUUUGUGUGUGUGUGUGUGUGUGUGUGUGUGUGUGUGUGUGUGUGUGUGUGUGUGUGUGUGUGUGUGUGUGUGUGUGUGUGUGUGUGUGUGUGUGUGUGUGUGUGUGUGUGUGUGUGUGUGUGUGUGUGUGUGUGUGUCCAGGUGAAUGGGGUAGACCUGAAUGGGAGGACUCAGGAGGAGGUGGUAGCUCUACUCAGGGUCACCCCCAUGGGAGGAACAGUUAGUCUGCUAGUCGUACGCCAAGAGGACUCCUAUCUACCUAGAGAAGUGGUAAGUGAACGUCUAUCAAAUUUACUCACAUCACCAAUCACUUGUCCACAACAUCGCUACCCCUACCCUACGUUUCACACCUCUGAUAUGGGAGUAGCCCAUAGUAGGCUUCAGACGUAUUUGAGCUGUCCCUAUUCCCAACAUAGUGUACUACUUUUCACCAGUACCCGUUGGACCCUGGUCAAAAGUAGUGCACUAUAUAGGGAAUAGGGUGCCAUUUUGGGACGCAAGAGAUAUGGACUGGCCUGGUCUUGCCCUUCCUCCAAGUCACAUUAACACAGACAUUCUCCAGGGGUUGGUUUGUCUACCACUUUCCUAUUUGACACUGGAUACAUAUAAUCUCUCAGACCCACACAUGGAUACCACACAUGCACGCAAAUACACACACACAGACACACACACACACACACACACAGACUUUUGUGAAAGCAGUUCUGGGGUGACUUUCCCUGUCUGGCAACAGAUGGUGGGGAUAGUAAGGAUAGUGUCCUGCCCUCCUUCACCCUCCAUUCAGCAGGUCUGACAGUCUCCCUGUCAUCUGAGUGGCCUGGCCGACACCAGGGUUUAGGCUUUAACCCUAACUUUACCCUAUAGCACUCAAUCUGUCUCUGUGUUUACCCUAACUAUAUCCCAUGGUAAUAGGACAACGGGGCUUAGCUUUCACCCUAACUACACUAUAGCGUACAGGAGGCCUCUGCUUUAUCCCUAUAUGAAACUCAGUCUGCCUCUGAGUUAACCCUGUCUCUACCCCAUGGCACGCCAUGGCAUCCUGGCACCUGGAUGAACUUCUCCUGUUCACCCUAGAAUCAUAACUGGUCAGCCAGAGGAAUAAUGUCAUGGGUUAAGCAUUCAUUCAGUCUUAUUUAUACCUAAAACCCCAAAAAGGGAUGAUGGUUACACUUUCUCUUCUCUUCACUCCUCAACCAUGACUUUAUUAAGAAUCCCAUCAUAGAGACACAAUACUUUCUCUCUCUCUCUCUCUCUCUCUCUCUCUCUCUCUCUCUCUCUCUCUCUCUCUCUCUCUCUCUCUCUCUCUCUUCUCUCUCUCUCUCUCUCUCUCUCUCCCCUCCCUCCCUCUCUCUCCCCCUCCCUCCCUCCCUCCCUCCCUCCCUUUCUCUCUCUUUCUCUGUCUCUCUAUCCCUUUCUCCUGAGAACUUCCCUAAGUGUGUGUGUGUGUAGUGUAGAUGGGAGAGUGCUAGCUUACGCACAGCCACUUCAUUACUCUCCUUUUCACAUUAGCGUUCAGGUGCUCUGCCACACACAUGCACGGACACACACACACACACACACACACACACACACACACACAGACAGAGAGAGAGUGGAGCUUUCAUGGAUCUCAAUAAUCAUAAAAUUCUGUUUAUGAGGACUGGGAUCCACCACUGAGAGUUAUUUUAAAUAAAGUAUAGUGAAGAGAGGAGAGGAACUGGUAAUUUCCUCACAGUCACACACACCACAGUAAGUGUGUGUGCGUGCCUACAUACAUACAUACAUACAUACAUACAUACAUACAUGCGCGAGUCUGUGUCACCAUAAACGUAUCAUCCAGGGCCGCAUACACUACAGUGGAGUUCUAAAUCAGAACUUCAGUAAUGUGGUACAUUACUGUAGGCAUGCUGCUGUCAGAGAGGAGAGAGAGAGGGGACAUUUCCCACACACACAGGAUACAGCCAUAUAAAUCAACAUGGAGAAGAUCAGGUUUGUCUUGUUGAUGUUUGCUUUGUAAUGUUUAAUGUCAGUGGUGAAUCAAGCACCACGUCUCUUUUAUUGGUAUAUUGUGGGAGGGGCAUGUGUGUUUUAUAAGAAUUAAUUGACUGUGCCUUAUGCUUAAAACCACUUUUAAUUACAGAAUGUGAGAUUUUAUGAUGUUUCCAUCAAAACUACACUACCGGUCAAAAGUUUUAGAACACCUACACAUUCAAGGGUUUUUCUUUAUUUGUACUAUUUUCUACAUUGUAGAAUAACCAAAAAAGUUUUAAACAUAAAAUAUGUUUUGAUUUGUUUAACACUUUUUUGGUUACUACAUGAUUCCAUAUGUGUUAUUUCAUAGUGUUGAUGUCUUCACUAUUAUUCUACAAUGUAGAAAAUAGUAAAUAUAAAGAAAAACCCUUGAAUGAGUAGGUGUUCUAAAACUUUGACUGGUAUUGUAUGUGUUCUCACGGCAGAUCAGAAAAGAUCAACUGUGAUUGUUGAGUAAUAAUAUAAUAAUAUGCCAUUUAGCAGACGCUUUUAUCCAAAGCGACUUACAGUCAUGCGUGCAUACAUUUUAUUUUUUUGUGUAUGGGUGGUCCCGGGGAUCGAACCCACUACCUUGGCGUUACAAGCGCCGUGCUCUACCAGCUGAGAUACAGAGGACCACCCAGUAGUUGAGCAGGGUUGAGUAUUCCUUUAUUAAUAUCUUUGUCUUUGUUCAUUUCAUUACGUUUGCCUUUGCUGUCAUGCUCUCUCGCUCUCUCCCUCUCUCUCUCUUUCGCUCUCUCUCUCUCUCUUUCGCUCUCUCGCUCUCUCCAUGACUCAGGGGCAGCGGCAGACAUUUUCAAAGAGCAGCGAGCGGAUGUGGUAGAGCAGAUGGACUGACUUAUUGAUAGGGCCGUCAUUGCUAGCCUUUACCCAUCGCUGUCCAAACCCGACAGGGGCAGAGGAAAAUGAGCUCUGUCGCCUCAGCCCAUUCUCGCCCAACCCCUCGCUCUUCACAGAACAGAGAAGAAGAAGAAGAAGAGUAG